GCAGAACCAGCACGAGUUGCAUCUUCAAGAUCCUGGGAAGCUCACCUCACCUGGCCCUACAAUUAUCAUUACUAUCCUCCCUUCCCACACUGGGUAAUGACUCCAAUUGUCAUACCCUAGAGAUGACUUCUUGUAGCAUGCCUAACUCACUUAAAGAUCCUCCCCAGGGAGACUAUUGGGGGCUAGCACCCCUUUUUAUAGAAUGUCAGAGAGUCAGAGACGGAGGGGCCUUUGAGAUCACCAAGAGUAACCAGAAUGCUGAGGAACCGGGACCCUGUGAUUUCCAGUCACAGCUGGGAGUCGAAUCUGGGGGCUCCAAGAACUACCCCUGGGAAGAUAGGAAGGAAAAAUGCAUUGAUGAAGCACCUUUGGGCCAGGCAUUGAGCUAAGCACUUUACAAAUAUUAUUUUAUUUGAUCUUUACAACUCUUCUCUGCUGUUAUUAUCCUCCUUUUAAAGCUGAGGAAGCUGCGGGCAGACAGGGGUAAAAUGAUCUGCCCGAGAUCACAUAACUAUUUGGGGCUAGAUUGAAUUUAGUGCUUUCUGACUCCAGCCCCAGCACCUGUCCACUGCACCAGGAAAGGCUAAGGUGUCCCAAGAGGCUCUGGAAAGUCAAAAUGGGGAUCAAGGGCUGAACAGGUCAAGGGGGUCAGUCACUUCCUAGAAGUGAAACCACUUUUGGAAUCUGCCCUCUGCCCCAGGGGUGGGGAUGGUGGAGGGUGGGACCCGUGCCCCGGACCAGGCCUCUUGAUGACUGGUUGGCUUCUUAGGGGGAGGGGGAGGAGAUGCAAGCUCCUUCCCUCUGGCCUCUUCCAGGAGCCGAAACCCUAGGUGUCCCUAGUGUGAGUGGGAGCUGCUGACUGCUUUGGACACCUGGGCCCUCCCCUCUUCCCUCCCCCACCUCCUUCUACACCUAGGUCCCAAAGGCCUGGAUUAGAAUAACAUAAACACUCCCCACCCUAGUGGCCAGAGGAGUAUUCUUUUUUUUCUCCUCCCUCCUUCCUGGCCCCGCCUCCACCUUUCCAGUCCCAGUCACUUUACCGCCUUUCCAGCCUUUCCUCCCGGUUCUACUAUCCUUCCACUCCCCCUUCCCCUACCAGCACAUUUUCUGAAAAGAGAAACUCGGGAAUCUGGCCCCAGUGUCCUGGACCCUCAGCUGUCACCAGAAAGAGCCAGAUAUUGGACCCCAGGCAUUUGGGCCUCUCAUACUGGGGCUUUCCAGAUGUCAUGGACCUGGAUGUAUCCUUGCCCGACCUCACCAACUCCUCAGAUGACCCAAGCCCUGAGCCUGGGACCCCUCCUGGAACUCCUCCAGAGUCUGAUGCUCAUCUUCCCGGGGAACUAAAACGAUCCCAGCCCCUUUCCAUCCAGGCCAGCAGGAAACUUAGGGAGGAAGAACUUCGAGCCACAUCUCUGCCUGCAAUCCCUAACCCUUUUCCCGAGCUCUGCAGCCCGCCUUCUCAGUCACCCAUCCUGGGGGUCCCCUCCUCAGGGCGAGGGUUCCUCUCAAGAGAUAGCAGUGGCCCCCAUGUGGUGAAGGUGUACAGCGAAGACGGGGCAAGCCGUUCCGUGGAGGUGACGGCAGAUGCCACAGCCCGACACGUGUGUGAAAUGUUGGUGCAGCGGACACACGCCCUGAGUGACGAGAGCUGGGGGCUGGUUGAGUGCCAUCCCCAUCUGGCACUGGAGCGGGGACUGGAGGAUCAUGAGUCGGUGGUAGAGGUGCAAGCUUCCUGGUCUGUCGGGGGAGACAGUCGUUUUGUCUUUCGAAAAAACUUUGCCAAAUAUGAACUUUUCAAGAGCUCCCCACACUCCCUGUUCCCAGAGGUAAUGGUCUCUAGUUGUCUAGAUACCAACACUCGCAUGACCCAUGAGGAGCUCAUCCAGAACUUCCUCAAUGCAGGUAGCUGCCCUGAAAUCCAGGGUUUCCUCCAGCUUCGGGGAUCAGGACGCAAGCUCUGGAAACGUUUCUAUUGCUUCCUUCGACGCUCCGGCCUCUACUAUUCCACCAAGGGCACUUCCAAGGACCCCCGGCAUCUACAGUAUGUGGCUGAUGUAAAUGAGUCCAAUGUGUACCUAGUGACGCAGGGCAGAAAGCUCUACGGGUUGCCCACUGAUUUUGGCUUUUGUGUCAAGCCUAAUAAACUACGUAGCCCAAAGGGACUUCGCGUCUUCUGCAGCGAAGAUGAGCAGAGCCGCAGCUGCUGGGUAGCUGCCUUCCGCCUCUUCAAGUAUGGAAUGCAGCUUUAUAAGAAUUACCAGCAGAUGCAAUCCCGACGAAUUCGCCCAUCCUGGUUUGGUCCUACACCCCUGAGGAGUGUUUCAGACAAUACUCUGGUGGCUAUGGACUUCUCUGGUCAUGCUGGACGAGUCAUUGAGAAUCCCAGAGAAGCUCUGAGUGCAGCACUGGAAGAAGCCCAAGCCUGGAGGAAGAAGACAAAUCACAGAUACAGCCUGCCCACUCCCUGCCCAGGCAGCACCCUCAGCUCAGCCAUUCACCGUUCCCAGCCCUGGUUCCAUGGGCGCAUCUCUCGGGAGGACACCCAGAGGCUUAUUGGACAGCAGGGCCUGGUUGAUGGUGUGUUUCUAGUACGAGAGAGUCAGCGCAACCCCCAAGGCUUUGUCCUUUCCUUGUGUCACUUGCAGAAGGUGAAACACUAUCUCAUCCUUCCGAGCGAGGAGGAGGGCCGCCUCUACUUCAGCAUGGAUGAAGGGCAGACACGUUUUACUGACCUCCUGCAGCUGGUGGAGUUUCAUCAGCUUAACCGGGGCAUCCUGCCUUGCCCACUCCGUCACUGCUGUACCCGGGUGGCUCUCUGAGUGGUGAUUCUGACAAUUCUUCCCUCCCACAGAGAGAGGGAUCUUGUCUCUCUCAUCCUCCCCUGCCCAUGGCCAAAACUACAGGGGGAUCCUUCUCUUCCUCCCACCAAGCCUGUACCUCAGCAGCCCUGGAAGACAUGCCCCCACUUCUGGCAGACUCCUCAAAGAAUAGGGUUUGUGAAUCAAUGCACUUUGGAUCUUGGUGGGAACACAUACAGGAGUAAGGAGCCUAUUCCUCUUCUCUCCUGCUGUGACUUCCUUCUCUUUCCUUCUUUAUUUUUUCUAGUUUCUUUUUCCUUGCCUUUUCUACUCUCUUUCAGUUUUCUGAUUCUCUUCUUCCUUCUCUCCUUCCCAUCCAGGCAUAGGAAUUUCCCCCUUCCCUUCUGCCGCCCUCUCAGCCCAAGACCUUAGGAAUGGCUUCUCCCCCUUCUCCCCAGCACUGAGCUUCUGGUUCUCUCAGUCUCUAAAGCUGUGGAGCCUGGGGCAGGGCAUUAUGAGAGAACUGGGAGGCAGGGGAUAGGGGCAUCCCCAGCCUUGUACAAAUUUAGUGGCCAGUUAAUCUGCCUUGUUUUAUACCAGUUACAAUAAAAAUUAUUUUUGGAUCUC